UGUUCGACCAUACUGGCGGCAAAAUCCAAACGCCGGAGGAUUUUGCAGUACAACCGAUUAGGGUUUUUUGAAUUUCCAGCGAAAAGGAGCUCUUUUUGGUUUCGAAUGCGAACUCGGCUCGGCUGAAGAGUGAAAAUGGAGGACUUGGUUUCAUCUGAGUGUGAUUUAGGGAUUUUAGAAUCUCUGUCGGACGAUGCUAUCCAAGAAAUCACGGAAAGCUUCGACGGUUUCUGCGCCGCCGUGCAGUCACUCAUUUCUGGCGCUGGCGAUGGAAACACGUCUGUUGGGUCGGAGCUCGAGUCUCACGUGCACCGACUCUGUAAGCACGGGCUCGAUUCUCUUGUUCGUGACCACUUCCUUAGAUCACUAGAGAUAGCUUUCGAGAAGGAAAGUGUAUCUAAAUUUUGGCGUCAUUUAGAUGCAUACGAGAAGAAGAAACCUCUUAUCUAUGGUGAUGAGAUUCAGGAAGUGUUAUGCAAGGCUUUGGAUGAGUUAUCUAUGGAGAAGCAGUAUCAGGAGAAGUGCUUGUCCAUGGUGGUCGAUGCUCUGCAGUCAUUCAAGGAUCAGUCGUCCAAGAUGAGACAGAAGGCAAAUGCAGAAAAAGUUAAUCUUUUUUCCAUGUUCCAAUUGAUGGUGUCUUCAGUUCUUAUGGCUAGUCUUCCUCAGCAUUUUCCUGAAAUACUCCACUGGUAUUUUAAGGAAAAGCUGGAGGAGCUAAGUGCAAUCAUGGAUGUAGAGGGUAUGGAGGAAAUCGAAGAACAAGAGAGUGAUUGCAUGGAUUUGGAUGAAAAGUUGAGAUGUAAAAAUGGAGAGAUGGAUAUUGAUCAGUGUGAUCCCCAAGGAAAAUACUCUGGACAUGACAAGUUGGUGAAGAACAUCGGGAAGGUGGUCCGUGACCUUAGAAGUGUUGGAUUUACAUCUAUGGCUGAAAAUGCUUAUGCUUCUUCUAUCUUUUUGCUUCUCAAGGCCAAAGUUCAUGAUCUUGCCGGGGACGAUUACAGGACUUCUGUUUUGGAGUCAAUAAAAGAAUGGAUACAGGCAGUGCCUCUGCAAUUCCUCAGUGCACUUCUUUCUUAUCUUGGAGACUCUCUUAGUUACAGUACCCAAUCUUCUAACAUCAAGGCUCCAUUGGCUUCAUGUCCAUCUCCUUGCUUUUCUGGAGUGGAGACUCCUUCAGAAGGACUUGUCAGGUGGAAACUACGGCUGGAAUAUUUUGCUUAUGAGACGCUUCAAGAUUUAAGGAUAGCAAAACUCUUUGAAAUCAUUGUUGACUAUCCCGAGAGUUCUCCUGCUAUUGAAGACUUAAAACAGUGUCUUGAAUAUACAGGACAACAUUCUAAGUUAGUGGAAUCAUUUAUUUCUUCACUAAAAUACCGUCUGCUUACUGCUGGUGCCUCGACCAAUGAUAUAUUGCACCAGUAUGUCUCGACUAUUAAAGCACUCCGGACAAUAGACCCAGCUGGUGUAUUUCUGGAAGCAGUGGGUGAGCCAAUCAGAGACUAUUUACGUGGCCGGAAAGACACGAUUAAAUGUAUCGUUACUAUGCUCACGGAUGGAAGCGGGGGAAACCCGAGUGGGUCAGGAAACCCGGGGGAUAGCCUUCUUGAAGAAUUAAUGAGGGAUGAAGAAAAUCAAGAGAAUGGUAACUUUGACGAUGAUUUUCACACCGAUGAUAAACAAGCUUGGAUCAACUCCUCUCGUUGGGAACCAGACCCAGUUGAGGCUGAUCCUUUAAAAGGCAGCCUGAGUCAAAGGAAGGUGGACAUACUUGGAAUGCUUGUCGGUAUAAUUGGAUCAAAGGAGCAACUAGUAAAUGAAUACCGAGUUAUGCUAGCAGAAAAGCUUCUGAAUAAGACUGAUUAUGACAUCGACACUGAGAUACGUACUGUAGAACUCCUCAAGAUACAUUUUGGAGAAGCAAGUAUGCAAAGAUGUGAGAUUAUGUUGAAUGACCUGAUUGACUCUAAAAGAGUGAACACUAACAUUAAAGCCACCAUUGCCAAAGCCUCUCCAGCAGGUGGUGAUGAGUCUGGAGGGAAUGAGCUAUCUCUUGAUAUUCUUAAUUCAACAAUAAUCUCUACAAACUUCUGGCCGCCAAUUCAGGAUGAGCCACUGGAGCUGCCGAGCCCGAUAGACCAGCUGCUAUCGGAUUAUUCCAACAGAUAUCAUGAAAUCAAGACCCCUCGUAAACUACUUUGGAAGAAAAAUCUUGGCACUGUCAAGUUGGAGUUGGAAUUUGAGGAUAGAGCCAUGCAGUUUACAGUUUCCCCCAUACACGCAGCAAUUAUUAUGCAAUUCCAAGAUAGGAAAAGUUGGACCUCGAAAGAUCUUGCCUCAGCGGUCGGGGUACCGAUGGACACAUUGACCCGGAGAAUAAACUUUUGGAUAAGCAAGGGAGUGGUGAUGGAAUCUCAAGGAACAGAGUCGAAUGGAAACGUGUUCACACUUGUGGAAGCCAUAACUGAUGCUGGGAAGAAUGAUGAGGAGCUUGCAGGCGAUGAAGACGGUGAACGAUCUGUCGCCUCUGUGGAGGACCAACUUCGUAAGGAGAUGACGAUAUACGAGAAAUUCAUAAUGGGGAUGCUGACGAAUUUCGGAAGCAUGGCGUUAGAACGAAUGCAUAACACACUUAAGAUGUUCUGUGUAGCUGAUCCUUCGUAUGACAAGUCGCUGCAACAGCUUCAGAGCUUCCUGUCUGGUUUGGUUGCUGAAGAGAAACUCGAGUUCAGAGACGGAAUGUAUUUUCUCAAGAAAUAAAACUCUAAUGUAAUAAACCCUCUGUUCCUCACCAUUUCCUCACACUAACAGUUGUAUCACUAUGCAAAAGGGUGGCAAAAUAUUCAAUCUUUUUUGGUGAAAUCGAUAGACGAUAUCGUGGCUUU